CAGGUGCGCGCUCCGCUCAGGCAUUACACAAGAUUCUUUAAGUGGAAGAUUUAUUUUUUAAUAUAACUGUUAGGAAUACGUAAAGUAUUUCGGAAAUCCUCGGCGCCUUUGACCGCGCCGAACUAUGAAGACGUCGUAACUGACACCGCGGGUCCGGACUCAGUGAUGGAUUUACCGGAGGAGUCGCUUUGGCUGGCGGGGGAGCCGUGGAACCUCAGCCGAGCGGAGGAGGACGGGAAACUUUUACUGGGCAUCGGCACGGAUAACGUCGUCACGCUGCUGGUGUUCGCGCUCAUCUUCGUGCUGGGAGUGCUGGGGAACUCCGUGGUCAUCACCGUGCUGGCCAGGAGCAAACCGGGAAAGCCGCGCAGCACCACCAACAUCUUCAUCCUCAACCUCAGCAUUGCGGACUUGUCCUACCUCGUCUUCUGCAUCCCCUUCCAGUCCACCAUCUACAUGAUGCCCACCUGGGUCCUCGGCGCCUUCAUAUGCAAGUUCAUCCACUAUUUCUUCACCGUGUCCAUGCUGGUCAGCAUCUUCACGCUGUCGGCCAUGUCCGUGGACAGGUACGUGGCCAUCGUCCACUCCAGGAGGUCGUCCACCAUCAGGGUGGCCAAGCACGCCUUCGUUGGCGUGGUGGUCAUCUGGGUGCUGUCUCUGGCCAUGGCGGCGCCUAUCAUGUACUACCAGAACAUCUUCCACGGCGGGGGAAAUCUGACAUUUUGCUGGGAAGUGUGGCCGGAUCAGAACCAGAAGAAAGUCUACGUGGUCUGCACCUUCGUUUUUGGUUAUGUGCUGCCCCUGCUGCUCAUCUCCUUCUGCUACUCCAAGGUUUUAAAUCAUUUGCACAAAAAGCUAAGAAAUAUGUCCAAAAAGUCUGAGGCAUCAAAGAAAAAGACUGCCCAGACCGUGCUGGUGGUGGUGGUGGUCUUCUGCCUGUCAUGGCUGCCUCACCACGUGGUCCACCUGUGGGCAGAGUUUGGCACCUUCCCCCUGAACCAGGCCUCCUUCGUGUUACGCGUGGCGGCCCACUGCCUGGCCUACAGCAACUCGUCCGUCAACCCCGUCAUCUACGCCUUCCUGUCCGAGAACUUCAGGAAGGCGUACAAGCAGGUCUUCAAAUGCCAGAUUGCAGCGGAAGACCCGCCGCUCAAUGAGGUCCGGGAGAUGCGGAGCAAGGUGGACACACCGCCUUCCACAAACUGCACCAAUGUUUGACCGUCAAGGUGGGGGAUGGGUGCCAGAGUAACACAAUAGUGAUAUUUUCAACAGUAUUUCACAAAAGUGAGUACAUCCCUCACAUUUUUGCGACCAUGUUUAUUCAUGUAUAUCUUCUUAAGGAAGAAUAUUAUAGAUUUUUGAUUAGUUAAUGUACAGCUUGACUUACUCCAUCAGUUCCUCCAGGAUUUUGCAGGUUUUUUUUAAUGAUUGUUGCGGCCUUGCAUUGCUGAAUUUGCGACAGCUUUUUCAGAAGGUUGCAGAAAACGUUGCUUUUUUUUUGUGGCAUUUAAAAAAAAAUUUGCUCUGAUAGCAGAUUUAAAACAAAAACUGCUCGAACGAGGAGAGAUUGCCCCCUACUGUGCUGUGUCGUCAGGUCCUCCGUUGUAAACAAACAUGCCAUUGAUCGCUUGGGACUUCCUCACUGUUUCAGAGGAAGACGUUCUGUGUGCUAUUUGCAAAUGUUUUUUUCUAAAAACAGUCCGUGAGGAGAAAAUUAAAGAAGCAUUAGGCUUCAACACAUUAAACCCUAUCAUAAGCAUCGCUACGGUGGUGUUUUGAAAACCUUCGAAGACGCCACUAAGCAAGCCGAAAAUAAAAGUGUACAUGAACUACAGUUGAUCCAAAUUUCAAUUUCAAUAAGUUACCUGUAUCAGAAGAAGCAGGAAGUGAUCUUUCCUGGUAUCGGCUGGUUUUUAUCACACAUUUGCCCUUUAAUUCCGCUUUUUUUUUAAGUAAUAGUAUUUUUAAAAU